AUUGACAACUUCAACUUAGUGUGCGGUAUCAGUGAAAAUAUGAAGUUUCAUCUUAUUGCUCUAAUAAGCCUUCUGGCCAGCUCAGUACUGGCAGAUCCCACACCAACAGCAGCACCAGCGAUCGUACCUUGUAUACAUACGGGUGGCGACACUGGCUAUUCCUAUGCACCGCCACCAGCCGAAGUCAAGUUCUCCAUAACGCCUGGAGUCACAAGGUACAGUCAGUCGCCAGCGAUUUCCAGCUACUCGGAAAAUGGCAAAUUGCUGCACACAUCUGUUGGAAGCGGUGCUGCUUCCUAUGAGUCGACUGCGGGAUAUGCGGGUCACUCUCAAGGAGGUCUGACCCAGAUUAACAAGUAUGUUGAGCCAAUACAGAAGACUAUAUUUACGUCCGCAACGGAAUAUGAGGGACACGGCAUAACCUACGCAGAUAAAUCUCCAGCUGCCAAGUAUGCGACUGUGGUGCCCUCCGGUAUUGAGCUAAAGAAUUUGGUUUCGCCGGCACUAACUAAGACUACACUGACAGCUCCCAAGCUGGAAAGUUAUCUGCGGCCUUCGCCGGCUCUCACCAAGGUAUCCACCUAUGCCUCACCAGGCUACUCCUACAGCCACUCCACUCCUGGUAUUUCCAAGCUGGCUACUUACACAUCGCCUGCCGCCUCCAGUGGAGCUUACUAUGCCUCACCAGUGACCACGAAUGUGGAAACCUACACUUCUCCCGGCUAUACAUUCUCCAAGGCGACGCCAGGCUACUCCAAAGUGGAGACCUACAGCUCACCGGCCUAUAGUCACGUUCAGGCAGCACCGAGCCUAGCAAAGAUUGGCACCUACUCACCCUCGAUUUCGUAUGGAGCACCCGUCAUUGCCAAAGUAGCAUCUUAUGCUGCACCUGCUCUUACCUCCACAUCAUCGCUAUUUUCUUCACAUAGCACAGGUUAUUCAGCCAACUAUGCACCAGCACUGUCCAAAACCUACUUGCCAGCUCCAUAUAUCUCAUCAUCUGCCUAUGCACCUCCUGCACUGUCUACUUACGCGACAGCUCCGGCCAUUACCAAGCUGACAACCGGCAGCUAUAAGGCAAGUGGUUCCGGUGCUGUCUCCCAUCAGUAUGUUUCCAAGCCCGCGCUAGUCAGCUAUGGAGCUGCUCCAGCAGUUACUAAGACUGUCAGCUACUCAGCUCCUACUAUAAACACUUACUCCUCGGCGCCUGCUAUCACUAAAAUAUCCAGCUAUGCUGCGCCAUCAAUCGCAAUUGGCAAGGUUGCUACUUAUAGUCAAGCCGAGGAUGUUUCACAUCAGUUUAUUUCAAAGCCCAUUGUCGCUGCCUAUUCAGCAGGUCCUGCGAUUCCUAAAGUUGCCAGUUACGUUACUCCUGCCAUAUCAACGUAUUCCGUUGCUCCUACCGCAAGCUACAGCAGCUCAGGACAUGGUGCAGUUUCCCAUCAAUAUGUCUCGAAGCCUGCUGUGGCCACAAUUGCAGCUGCUCCAGCGAUUGUCAGCUAUUCAUCAGGGCCAGCAAUCUCAAAGAUUGCCAGUUACGCAGCUCCUGCAAUAUCAACCUACUCAGCAGCACCAACCAUCACUAAGGUAGCCACCAGUUAUGGGGGAUCUGGUCAUGGUGCUGUUUCCCAUCAAUAUGUCUCAAAGCCUGCUGUGGCCACAGUUGCAGCUGCUCCAGCGAUUGCCAGUUAUUCAUCAGGGCCAGCAAUCUCAAAGAUUGCCAGCUAUGCAGCUCCUGCAAUAUCAACCUACUCAGCAGCACCAACCAUCACUAAGGUAUCCACCAGUUAUGGGGGAUCUGGUCAUAAUGCUGUUUCCCAUCAAUAUGUUUCAAAGCCUGCUGUGGCCACAAUUGCAGCUGCUCCAGCCAUUGCCAGCUAUUCAUCAGGUCCAGCAAUCUCAAAGAUUGCCAGCUAUGCAGCUCCUGCAAUAUCUACAUACUCAGCGGCACCAACCAUCACUAAAGUGGCCACCAGUUAUGGGGGAUCUGGUCAUGGUGCUGUUUCCCAUCAAUAUGUUUCAAAGCCUGCUGUGGCCACAAUUGCAGCUGCUCCAGCGAUUGCCAGCUAUGCAGCUCCUGCAAUAUCCACGUACUCAGCAGCUCCUACAAUUACUAAGGUGGCCACCAGUUAUGGAGGAUCUGGUCAUGGUGCUGUUUCCCAUCAAUAUGUUUCAAAGCCUGCUGUGGCCACAAUUGCAGCUGCUCCAGCGAUUGCCAGCUAUGCAGCUCCUGCAAUAUCCACGUACUCAGCAGCUCCUACAAUUACUAAGGUGGCCACCAGUUAUGGAGGAUCUGGUCAUGGUGCUGUUUCCCAUCAAUAUGUUUCAAAGCCUGCUGUGGCCACAAUUGCAGCUGCUCCAGCGAUUGCCAGCUAUUCAUCAGGACCAGCAAUCUCAAAGUUUGCCAGCUAUGCAGGUCCUGCAAUAUCCACAUACUCAGCAGCACCAACCAUCACUAAGGUAGCCACCAGCUAUGGAGGAUCUGGUCAUGGUGCUGUUUCCCAUCAAUAUGUUUCAAAGCCUGCUGUGGCCACAAUUGCAGCUGCUCCAGCGAUUGCCAGCUAUGCAGCUCCUGCAAUAUCCACGUACUCAGCAGCUCCUACAAUUACUAAGGUGGCCACCAGUUAUGGGGGAUCUGGUCAUGGUGCUGUUUCCCAUCAAUAUGUUUCAAAGCCUGCUGUGGCCACAAUUGCAGCUGCUCCAGCGAUUGCCAGCUAUUCAUCAGGACCAGCAAUCUCAAAGUUUGCCAGCUAUGCAGGUCCUGCAAUAUCCACAUACUCAGCAGCACCAACCAUCACUAAGGUAGCCACCAGCUAUGGAGGAUCUGGUCAUGGUGCUGUUUCCCAUCAAUAUGUCUCGAAGCCUGCUGUGGCCACAAUUGCAGCUGCUCCAGCGAUUGCCAGCUAUGCAGGUCCUGCAAUAUCCACAUACUCAGCAGCACCAACCAUCACUAAGGUAUCCACCAGUUAUGGAGGAUCUGGUCAUGGUGCUGUUUCCCAUCAAUAUGUCUCGAAGCCUGCUGUGGCCACAAUUGCAGCUGCUCCAGCGAUUGCCAGCUAUGCAGCUCCUGCAAUAUCCACUUACUCAUCAGCUCCUACAAUUACUAAGGUGGCCACCAGUUAUGGAGGAUCUGGUCAUGGUGCUGUCUCUCAUCAGUAUGUCUCCAAGCCCGCGUUGGUCAACUAUGCAGCAGCUCCAGCUGUUACAAAAAUCGCCAGCUACGCUGCUCCUGCUGUGGCUAGCUAUGGAGCAACGCUCUCUAAGACCUAUUUGCCCGCUGCGCCAGCUGUCGUUGCUGCUCCAGUCAUUGCAAAAGUAGCCACCAGCUAUGGCGGAUCUGGACAUGGGGCUGUUUCCCAUCAAUAUGUUUCCAAGCCUGCUGUGGCUACAAUUGCUGCUGCUCCACAGUUAGCUAAGGUGGUCACCUAUGCAGCGCCCCCUGUAACCACAUAUUCAACGGGUCCAGCAAUCUCAAAGAUUGCCGGCUAUGCUCCUACCAUCGCCAAAUUAGCCACAAACUAUGGAAGCCCUGGACAUGGAGCUGUCUCCCAUCAGUAUAUAUCAAAGCCGGUAUUGGCCACCUAUGCAGGAGCGUCACCUGUUACUAAGAUUGCCAGCUAUGCUGCUCCAGCCUUAAGCACAUACUCGACAUCUCCGGCACUCACCAAAGUGGCCACCACUUACAGUCAAGCUGCUGAUGUAUCCCAUCAAUACAUUUCAAAGCCAAUCGUUGCAGCAUAUCCUGAUGCAGCGCCUGCCAUCGCCAAGGUCGCCAGCUAUGUGUCACCAACUGUAGCCGCGUAUUCCACUGGAGCUGCACUUACUAAAGUGUCCACAACCUACGGCAGCUCGGGACAUGGUGCUGUUUCCCAUCAAUAUGUCUCGAAGCCUGCUGUGGCCACAAUUGCAGCUGCUCCAGCGAUUGCCAGCUAUUCAACGGGACCAGCAAUCUCAAAGAUUGCCAACUAUGCAGCUCCUGCAAUAUCCACAUACUCAUCGGCACCAACCAUCACUAAGGUAUCCACCAGUUAUGGGGGAUCUGGUCAUGGUGCUGUUUCCCAUCAAUAUGUCUCGAAGCCUGCUGUGGCCACAAUUGCAGCUGCUCCAGCGAUUGCCAGCUAUUCAACGGGACCAGCAAUCUCAAAGAUUGCCAGCUAUGCAGCUCCUGCAAUAUCAACCUACUCAGCAGCACCAACCAUCACUAAGGUAGCCACCAGUUAUGGGGGAUCUGGUCAUGGUGCUGUUUCCCAUCAAUAUGUUUCAAAGCCUGCUGUGGCCACAAUUGCAGCUGCUCCAGCGAUUGCCAGCUAUUCAUCAGGACCAGCAAUCUCAAAGUUUCCCAGCUAUGCAAGUCCUGCAAUAUCCACAUACUCAGCAGCACCAACCAUCACUAAGGUAUCCACCAGUUAUGGAGGAUCUGGUCAUGGUGCUGUUUCCCAUCAAUAUGUCUCGAAGCCUGCUGUGGCCACAAUUGCAGCUGCUCCAGCGAUUGCCAGCUAUGCAGCUCCUGCAAUAUCCACGUACUCAUCAGCUCCUACAAUUACUAAGGUGGCCACCAGUUAUGGAGGAUCUGGUCAUGGUGCUGUCUCUCAUCAGUAUGUCUCCAAGCCCGCGUUGGUCAACUAUGCAGCAGCUCCAGCUGUUACAAAAAUCGCCAGCUACGCUGCUCCUGCUGUGGCUAGCUAUGGAGCAACACUCUCUAAAACCUAUUUGCCCGCUGCUCCAGCUGUUGUUGCCGCUCCAGUAAUUGCAAAAGUAGCCACUGGCUAUGGCGGAUCUAUAAGUGGUGCAGAUUCCCUUCAAUAUGUGUCCAAACCAGCGAUUGCCAACGUCGCAACUGCCACAUAUGCCGCACCAGGCGUGGGUCACAUCGCCACAGGUACUGCCAUCGGCUCGGGAUACGCCAGCACUGGACAUGGCGCCGUAUCGCAUCAGUAUGUAUCCAAGCCAGCGAUAGCUACUAUUGCCACCGGUCAUGCUGGCAAGUUGGGUCUUGGUUUAGGACUGGGCUAUACAUCCACUGGACAUGGCACACUGUCCACUCAUUAUUUGUCAAAACCCACCGGUGGAGCAUUGUUAACUUCACCGCUUACCAAGCUGACUUCACCAGCGUCUGGCCACGGAUACGCCAGCAAUUCCUAUGGAUUCCAUUCGGGUAAACUAGCCUUGGGUCCAGCCGGCGGACAUGAUGGCCUAUACUACGGUGCUAUAUCGCUUGGCCAUGCUGCCGUCUCGCCUGCACUCAGCUAUCAUGGAGCGCUGUCCCAUGCUGCUGCUGCUGGUGGUGGAUUGACGCAUCUGGGCGCUCCACUCGCUGACUACAGCCAUGGGCACGGCAUUGGUCCCUUUGGCGCUGGCUUCAAUCGCUAUGCACCAAGCGUGUCUGCACUAAGCGACCAUGCCCCGCUAACGCCCGCAGCCUACUUGAAGUCUGCACCAGUGCCACAGCACGCGCUCUUAAAGGUGUUGCCAGAAAAGCAUCUUGAGCACUUCGAUGCUCAUCCACGCUACGCUUUUGAAUAUGCAGUAAAUGAUCCUCAUACUGGCGAUAAUAAGCAUCAGCGCGAGGAACGCGAUGGCGAUGUGGUCAAGGGCGAAUAUUCUCUGGUCGAGCCCGAUGGCAACGUGCGUACCGUGAAAUACUACGCUGAUUGGGAGACCGGCUUCCAUGCGGAGGUCAUAAACAGUCGUGACCAGGGCAAAAUUGUGGCCAAGCGACAGGCGGCAGCCAAGUCGUGAGCGCCUGUGACGACGACCAGAAUGACGUGUUUGUUUGCCAGCAACUGUAAAUAGCCUACGAUUCAAUUUUCUUCUCAUUAAACAUUAAACGUAUUUAUGUAAACCAUACAACAACAGCAACUGCGACAAUAAUAAAAAACAAAAUCAAAAGAGUGCCGCCAUCUUGCACCAAAACGUGCGCGUUACCCUUACUCAUUAUUUCUAUCUACUUGUUUUCUGUACAUGUGAUAAGCAUUAAAAAUAAAACUGUUUCGGCUGAUGUGUAAAUAUGGAUAUAGAUACAGUAUCACAAAAUAAUGAAUGUGUGCAAGAACCAUGAGCAUAUCAAUUUAACAUAUA